AGCUGUAAGUUUCAUUUGUAGGAAAAUCGAAAGUAAUCUGUAGCUUUCAUGAAUCGUGGGUUUUUCUUUAAGGCUAAGAGGGCAGAAUUUUAUAUGUCAGUCUGAUAUGAAAGAAAUGUUGAAUGAAUAACUUUAAAUUGAACUUUCGCUGAAGAUAACACAAUUAAGAAGGCAAGUAUGACAUAUCAUGCCAUACGGUGUUUCACCCUUUAAAGUUUGGCCAUGGAGAGCAAGUGGUCUUCAGAGGAACAUGUGUUAGAGUAUCUCAAAGUCCAGGAGAGGGAUCCCAAAGCACACAAAUUCCUCGGACAGCUCUACGAGAGAAAGGGAGACAUCAACAAGGCCGUAAGAUGUUUCAUGCGAUCGGUGGACUUGAACCCGUCACAGAGCGACCUGGUGCUGAAGGUGGCUGAGUUACUGGUCAGUAAAGAGGAACAUGACAGCAGAGCAGAGGUGUGGGUGGAGAAAGCUGCCAAGCUUCUGCCAAGAAACCCUGCAGUCUUUAACCUGAAGGAGUGUCUGUUGAUUCGUCAACAUCAACAGUGUUGGAAAAGGCACUUUGACCUCCUCCAGGACGAGCUGGCGGUGCGGCCAGCUGAUGUGGACGUGAACAUGAAGCUGGUUCAGCUGCUCUGUCGGGACGGUCGGCUGGAUGAGGCCGUUAAGCAUUGCCUGGCUGCUGAGAAACGGGGAUUACUUCGCCCCAGUCUGGACUGGUACACUGUGGUGGUGCGCACCCUGCAGAUGUAUCUGUCUCAGUCUAGUGUCAUCAGCAAUGAGAAGGUGUGUCGUCGUCUCCAGAGAAAGCUGCUACUGGCUCACUGCAGCCUGCUGAGACUCACACUGUCUGGGAGCGGAGUGCAGCCCAGUGUUGAUGCCCUCAGAGGUUUUGACCAAACUAUGCACAUGCUGAGCAGCGCUGCAGGCCGCGGCGCAGACUCUCUCUGUGAGGUGUUCGUGGAGAUGCGAGGUCACCUGUAUUUGCAUGCCGCUGCAUUACUGUUGAAGCUGGCUCAGGAUCAGCAACAGACCUGGGGGGCCGUCACUGACCUGGCUGCACUGUGCUACCUGCUGGCAUACCAGGUCCCCAGACCAACGAAGAAAGUGACCCAAACAGACCAGUCAGCACCACAGCUGCUGGAGCUGCUGGCUAGCGAGCGACUGAGUCAGGCCGGCCACAUGCUGCUCAAUCUGAGCACCGACAGACCCACCAUGAUCAAAGAGGUGGUUAAGACUUUUGGGAACCGUAGCGGUCAGAAAUCUCUGUUUGGGCUCCUGUUUGGACCGCAGGCUUCUACCGGAUCUUCCUUUAUUGCCAACGAUGACAUCAGCUCCAUUAAGGCUCUGAGUCCACAGAUCUCUCAGCUGGCCGAGUGGGACGCUGGCUCCAUCCUGCUGCACGGUGAUGACUUGCAGCACCUGAGCUGGUUGGGGCUGCAGUGGACCCUCGUGGGCCAGAGACCAGCGCUGCAGGACUGGCUGCAGCAGCUCUUUCCAACACUGAAACUGGAAAUCACCAAACUGGACACGAACGCACCAGAGUCCACCUGCCUGCUGGACUUGGAGGUGUUUGUGUAUGGUGUUGUGUUCUGUGGCCGCUGUCAGCUCCAGGAGGCGGUGAAGCUCAACGGUGGAAUAAACCAGCAACGCCAUGAGCCUCGCUGCCUCCCCCCUUCUCUCCUUCGCCUCUUGACCACCGACAGACAGAGGGAGUGGUGGGACGCCGUCUACAGCCUCAUUCACAAACGAGCUGCUCCUGACAUGUCAGCAAAAUUGCAAAUGAUUGUGCAACAUGGACUGAACACUCUGAGGGCCGGAGAGAAACACGGGCUCCAACCAGCGCUAGCCAUCCACUGGGCUCAGUGUCUCAGCCAAAUGAGUGAAGCAGUAAACUCGGACUCUGACAAGAAGGACUACAUCAGCCGCAGUGUCCACUACUGGAAAGUUGUCCUUCCACUGUUGGACAGCAUCAAAAACAGAUGCAGCAUACCCGAACUCCUCGACCCGCUCUUCAAACACUUUCCCUCCAAAGAUUUUCAGAUCUCAUCUGUGAAGGGAUAUGAAGAGGAAGCCAAAAUUGCAUCUGCAGCUCUCCUUGAUAUUGAAGGCAAGACAGAGGAGGCCAUCGCUACCUUGGAAACCGUCAAUAACAUAACGUCCACCUGGCAUCUGGCUCAGAUCUACCAGCAGCGGUCAAAGGAGACCAGCAGGAAGCUCAGGACCUAUCUGUCCAAGAUCAACAAUGCCAAUCCAGAUGAGAUUAAGAAGUUACCUGUGUCUAAGGAGAAAGUUGUGGACCUCCUGAAUGAUGUGAACAAACAGCUGGGGGAGAGCGGAGAGGACAUCAAAUGUUCCAGUCUCUCCUCUAACAAAAGCAUCGUCUCUCCUUUCAAAACACAUGUGGGUCCAAUGUAUAGUAUGAACCAUAUGCCACCUCAGCAACAGGUCUUUAGUACCCCUCUUCAAUGUAGAUCACUAGCCACGAGCCAGAGUGUAACCCAACAAACCACCAACCUUCCCUUACCUGGCCACUUCACAAAACCCUCUGUAGUCCCUGGUCAGUCACCAAAGAGCAUUUUUGGGAAGCCUGAGAAUUUUGGGAAGCUCAACUUAUGCCAGCAGGCAACUACUGAAGUUCCCAAAGUGCCUAGUUUUGGAGCAGGUGUCCAGCCAACACCUUCAGCUGCAUUUAAAUUGAACUCCAGUUUUAAAUGCAAAGAUGGAGAUUUCACUUUUUCUACUUCUCAGGCCAAGCAUAGUGAAAGUUUGCUUGGUCUUCUUACCUCAGACAUUCCCCCCAAAAAAGAUACUGCUCCAGAGAAGCCCAUAGCUCAAGAGCAACCCCCCAGCCAAACAGGCCUCUCUACAUUGGCAGCAAAGUUUGCACUCAAAGAAGGGGAAUGGGACUGUGAUGUGUGCUGUGUAAGAAAUAAAUCCAAGGAUAGGCAGUGUGUUGCUUGUCAAAGUGCCAAUCCCAAUACUUCAUCAAAGCCAGACAUUCAGGCUGUAAGUGAAACCAAAGGCAGUCCCUUUACUUUCAAAUUUGGGACUGCCUCCUCAAAAACCAGUAGUUCUGGCUCUCCAUUUGCUAGAUUUGGUGGUUUUGGAGCUGCAUUACCAUCUGCAUUUGCAUUUGACUCAAGCACCUCAAUGCCUUCUAACACAGUAACCAGUGCAUUUGGUUCUGGCUUUGGGGUUCAGUUUGGCAAGAAGCCUGGGCUGUGGGAAUGUGGCACAUGUUCUGUAACAAAUGAGGCCUCUGCGGACAGGUGUUUUUCUUGCAAAGCUCUGAAAACUUCACCCAAAACAACUGCCACAGCAGAAGUUGAACCAGCUCCUCGCUCCUUAGAAGACAAGUUUGCCAAAAAGGAUGGAGAAUGGGACUGUGUCAUGUGUCUGAUGAGAAAUGAUGCCUCUGCCAGUAAGUGUGUGGCCUGUCAAACACCAAAUCUCAAUGCUAAAACCAUAACCAGUGCUGCUCCCUCACCUCCCACCUUUAGCUUUAAUUUUGGCACAAGAAUCUUUAAACCUGCUGACACAGUAACCAGUGCAUUUGGUUCUGGCUUUGGGGUUCAGUUUGGCAAGAAGCCUGGGCUGUGGGACUGUGACGUAUGUUCUGUAACAAAUGAGGCCUCUUCAGACAGGUGUGUUGGUUGCAAAGCUCUGAAAACUUCACCCAAAACAACCGCUACAGCAGAAGUUGAACCAGCUGCAACAGCACCUGUAGUUAAACCCUCAGAAGUUGUUGACUCUGGGUUUGCUGCCCAGUUUAGCAUAAAGCCAGGACAGUGGGACUGUGAUGUAUGCAAUAUAAGAAAUGAAGCUUCAGCUGAUAAAUGUGUUGCCUGUAACACUCCCAACCCUACUGCUAAAUCAAAAGAGGGUGCUCCAGUUGCAUCCUCCCAGUCAACAGCGCAAAACAUUUUUGCCAAAAAGGAUGGAGAAUGGGACUGUGACAUGUGUCUGCUGAGAAAUGAUGCCUCUGCCAGUAAGUGUGUGACCUGCCAAACACCAAAUCCCAAUGUCAAAAGCGUAACCAGCACUGUUACUUUAGCUUCAAACUUUGGAACGAAGAAUUCAUCAAGCCAUCCUGCUGGAACUGGAUUUACAAAGCCUUUUGGAACAGGCAACACGUUUCAGUUAGGUCAAAACAAAGAUAACAGCUCCAAAUGCUUUAGUUUCAUUAAUUCUGCUCUGUCAGCAGUGCCGGUUGUUGACUCAGGUAGAACAGCACGUCUCAUUCAGAAGGCUGAGGAAAUGAAGUCUGGUUUGAAUGAUCUAAAAACAAAGAUAAAAAAUGAAGACAGCCAGGGAGACAUUACAACAACCAGCAUUGUAAUCAAACCUCACGGUGAAACCACUGGCCCCACCCUAGAGUGUGUCAAUGACCUUAGAGGAGAGGCUUUAGAUACUGCUGACUUAUCAGUCUAUACCGCUCCCCUCACCAGUAGCCCCCUGAAAAAGAACAAUUUCCAUUUUGGGGAAUCCACUGCUGGAUUCAGCUUCAGCUUCCAACUUGGCAUUAGCCCCUCCAAAUCUCCUGCUAAGCUUAACCAGAGCAGAGCCUCAAUGGGCACGGAUGAUGAGCAGGAUGUAACCCAGAAUGAGGACAGAGAUGGCCAGUACUUAGAACCUGUGGUCCCCUUACCUGAUCUGGUGGAAAUUUCCACAGGGGAGGAAGAUGAACAGGUAGUCUUCUGUCACAAGGCCAAACUGUAUCGCUAUGAUAAAGAGCUGAGUCAGUGGAAGGAGAGGGGUAUUGGAGACCUCAAAAUCUUGCAAAAUUGUGACACCAAACGAGUGAGGUUGAUAAUGAGGAGAUACCAGGUGCUCAAGAUCUGCGCCAACCACUGGAUUACAAUGGCUAUGAAGUUGGAACCUAUGAAGGGUGCUGAGAAGGCCUGGGUCUGGAGUGCCUUAGACUUUGCUGAAGUCAAUGAAGGUAAUAUUGAGCAGUUAGCUGUGAGAUUCAAACUGCAGGACACUGCAAACACAUUUAAACAGGUCUUUGAAGAGGCUAAGGUUGCACAAGAAAGGGGGGAACUUAUGACCCCUGUGACAUCCAGGAUUACCACACCUCAAGACGGUAGUCCUGGAGUGGUGUCGCCCCGUAAAUUUGUGUUUGGCUCUGAUAGCUUUCAGAAGAUAUUUGGCAGUCCAAAAUCUCACUCUGACACAGAGGACUGUGAAUCCAGUUUGAAGGCCAAAGAUUCUGAAGAUCCUGCCCGGGCUUCAUCUGCAGUACCUGAAUUCAAAACCCCAGAGAAAGGAAAAGCACGUGCAACGUCAGAUGAUGACUCUGAGGUGGAGGUUAUGAAUGUCAGGGAACCCACUGCUGAACAGGCUGCUUUAGCCAUGAAACUCCUGCUGCCUCUCACUUUCUUCUGCUACCAGAACGAACCAGGCUACACCAGCAAUGAGCAAUCUGAUGAUGAGGACUACGAGUCAGCUGUGAAAGCCUUGAACGGAAAGCUCUACCCAGAUCCUACGAAAAAGGCAGCGACAUAUGGUGAUGAACCAAACUGCCAGAUGGUCUGGGAGAAGAAGCCGAUGCCAGAGGAGGACGAGGAGGAGGAGGAGAAGGCCAAAAGCCUCCAACUUCCACCCAGUGACUCAACAGACACUCACAGUGAAGCUCCUAGCAGCAUCUCUUCACCUGAGAAGAGCCCAGAGCCAGAGUCUAAUACUGCGACUGCCAUAGCUACGACUGCCAUAGCUACGACUGCUACAACAGCGAGUCAAGGUAUAGACGACUUCUGUUUCUUUACUACAGAGGUACGACCUCUGACAGUCUACCUGAUGUUUGUGGAUCAGUACUGGUACAUUAAAUUUGAGAUGCAGCAAAAGUCUACCACCAUUUUCAGGAGAGUACUUUCUGAUAAAUUUACCUCUGUGGGUUACAUACAAUCAUAUAAUAAAUGUCUCCCUCUUGGUGUUUCCCUGUUGAGCUGUGGUGGAAGUAUAGUAACAAAAAGACUUGGUGGUGACAUCACUAAGAGCGAUGACGGAGGUAAGUCUAUCUAUGGCAGCCAGUUUGAGGACGAGAACUUUGAUGUUCGACACACAGGCCCAGGCAUACUGUCCAUGGCCAGUCGGGGGCAUGACACCAACAACUUCUUCAUCACCCUGAAGAAAGCCGAACACCUGGACUUCAAACACGUGGCUUUCGGUUGGGUGCGGGAUGGCAUGGAUGUGGUGCAGCAGAUGGGAGAGCUUGGAACAAAGGGGGGCGAACCCAGUAAAAAGCUCGUCAUCACAGACUGUGGACAGCUCUAAAAGAGAUCAAGAUUUACAGCUCAGUUUAAGUUAUAAUGUUAAGGGCGUUGGAUAAAGGUGUGUUUCUUGUGCAGUUACUGACAUCCUCCUGAAACUGAAUCCAUACUGAUUCAACAUAGGACUACUUCUCAGUCCUUUCAUCAGAGACACUUUUAGAAAUGAUUUUUGCUAUCCGACUGUGAGGUCUCAAAUGGGAAACAUGGGAGGAGACAUUUGGACUUACUUUUGCUCUGUUGCACUUGGAUAUCCAUCAUCUGUCAAUAAAUUCUCAAUUUUUUUUCCAUAUAAUUGUACAUUGACUACUUUAUGUCAAUGUCCAUUUGUGUUCUUUUGUGUUGCAUUUGCUCAGCUUGAACAUGCUGGUCCUCUUAAGUAGUAGUUAACGAUAACAUUAAUCUGGUUCAGGUUUUACAUAGAUGAUCCAUUAUAGUCUGAGGUUAAUGUUAAAAUGAUGUGUGUUGUGCAAAAAAUAAUGCUGAUAAAGUAAACAAGCUAUAAUAUAAAUAUGCAAAGUUCCUGUUUUCAUCAUCUUAGCACAGUUCCUGUUUUAAUAACCGGAACUGCUGUUUCCUCCUUUCAGUGUUUCUUUUAGGUAUUCGGGAUAACUGGUAGAUAUUUUAUAGAUUGGUGGUGGUGUUUUUACCACAAUAUAUUUAAUCUUGACUGAUUUUAAGCCAUUAAAUUAACAGCAGAAGGAUCCUUAAUUUCCCCGUCAGGAUUUUAUUCCUGGCAUUGUGCUAAAGACUAUGAAACAACAUUUAGAUUUUCAUGUUGGAAAAUAGAUUUUACAGACGAUGUAUCUGAAAAUUCAAGUGAAUAAAUAUUAAUUAUAUUAUUUUUCCAGUAAAGUUUUAAGGGAAACAGACUCAUGGUUUACAGAUUUGAUAAAAAAAAAUAGAGGUGCACUUCUUUAGCCUACUUCAGAAGGCACAAAGUUAACUUCUUUCUUGAUGAGUCAAUCGAACAUAUAUUAGUUUGAGUGGGAGCCAAGUUGUUAAGUCCUUGAGUUGAAACUAGUCAAUACCACAAACAAAUAUACUUUUACAAACAGGAUACAAACAUAUUAUUUUCUUUGAUCUGUUGCUAUUUGAUGGUACAAUUACCUAAGCACUGCUCUUGUACUUACAUUUUAUGCUACAGGAUACUUCUCCUCUUCUACAUUUUAGAGGGAAAUACAUGCAUUACACUUUUUGCACCACUAACUUUGUUUGACAGCUUUAGUUCGUUUUCAGAAUCAAAAAAUCAAAUUUUACACAAAAUAACAUAAUGAGUUUAUAAAUUACACUGCAUUGUUGAAGGACAGGUUCUUUUUUUCUUUAAGUCUGUCUUAAAGCAGCAAUCGGGUGUCCAUAUGAACGGUGAAAGGUUUUCCUCACUGUAAUUAUUCUCUUGUUCUUAAUGGUAAUUUAAAAAAUCUCUUCAAAUGUGCUUUCAUCAGUUCAGCCGUUUCAACUUGAAAUCUGCACACACAUCACAUAAGCUUA